CUCUGCAUUUUUGUCUGUCUGAAUGCUACAGCAGCACGGGGGGGAAAAAAGAUUCAGGAUAAGGCAAAAAAAAAAAAAAAACUGGAGAAAUGUGACAAUCCAACGGUCAUUUUCAUGGCGAGGGGGAAACUGGUGCGAAAGGAGUUAUUCUGGGACUCCUUUGAGCCUCGAAACGCUGGAUCAAAAUGCUCAUAGUGGAGAAAACAACAGACUUCCCCUCUGCUGAGUUCUCUCUAGUGGAGGAUGUGGCUCUGCACUUUACCUGUUUGAUGGACAGGCUGAAUGAGCAGCGCCUCUUCCAGCCUGACCUGUGUGACGUUGACAUUGUUCUUGUGCGUCAGCACAGCACCUUUCCGGCCCACAAGGGUGUGCUGGCAGCUUACAGCCCUUUCUUCCACUCGCUUUUUGCCCAAAGCAAACAGCUGCGGCGGGUGGACCUGUCGCUGGAUGCCCUGACCUCUCAGGGCCUUCAGCAAAUCCUCAACUUCAUUUACACCUCCAAACUGCUGGUGAGCAGCCGCACUGUCCGCGACGUGCUCAACGCCGCUACCCUGCUUCAGAUGAGCGACAUCGCAGCCUCCUGUCACGACCUUAUCAGCAGCCACUCGCUGAGAACCACCUGCACAGAUAUGGCCAAUCAAGAAGGGCAUGCCAGCAGUGAGCCAGCUUCUGUAGCGAUGCCCCCCAGCCAGAUGUACCGUGAGAUCAAACAGGAGUCAGAGCUCGGCAGGGUGUACACAAGAGAAGGAAACAGCCCUUUUUCUGUCAGAGUAGAAGAGACAGGCAAGACGGCUUCUCAGGCAAAGCAGUACUACCAGAAGGAAGAAGGCUCGGGAAGCGGGGCCGGCACAGGUGUGGCUAGUUUGUGUAAAGUGGAAGGAAAUGGAGAGGAGUCAAAGACAGCAGAUGGCCACGCCUCCUUCAACAGAGAUCAGAUCAUUGUCGAAGUCAACCUUAAUAACCAGACUCUUAACGUCUCAAAGGGAUCAGAGGGCAAAUCGGCCACUUCUACAGAGACUUCCACCAUGUUUGGCCGCUGCCGUAACAACCAGCAAGAUUCAGAGGGCGAUGAGGAUAAUGAAGUGGAGAACGAUGAUACAGAUGGAGAAGAGGAUGUGGAAGAUUUGAAGAGGGGUGACAUAUUGGGGCAAAGUAGUGAAGAGGAAGAUGAGGAGGAGGAUGAAGAAGAAGAGGAAAACACCCUCAACAUUCCAGGCUUGGAGCAGCCAGCCAUGAUGGAUCGACCUCGUCGGGGCACCAGAGCCUUGGCUAUGGCUGGUACCACUGCCUCUCUGCGGCAGACGCUUGCAGAGGCCACGCUGGCCAACCAGCGGCAGGGUGGGAAGAGGGCGUUGGACCUGGAGGGCCUGGGCCAAAAAGUGAGGCUGGAGGAGAAGCAACAUUACCCAUGUAAAAAGUGUCCUCGCAUCUUCAACAAUCGCUGGUAUCUAGAAAAACACAUGAACGUCACUCACAACCGCAUGCAAAUCUGCAAUAACUGCGGAAAACGCUUCUUGCUAGAGAGCGAGCUGCUGCUGCAUCAACAGACUGACUGUGAGAAAAGCAUCCAGUGUGUGACCUGUGGCAAAGCCUUCAAGAAGCUGUGGUCGUUGCACGAGCACAACAAGAUCGUCCAUGGCUACGCCGAGAAGAAGUUCUCCUGCGAGAUCUGUGAGAAGAAGUUUUACACGAUGGCCCAUGUCAGGAAGCACAUGGUCGCCCAUACGAAGGACAUGCCAUUCACCUGUGAAACGUGUGGGAAAUCAUUCAAGCGCAGCAUGUCCCUGAAGGUUCACUCUCUACAGCACUCAGGAGAGAAACCCUUCAAGUGUGAGAACUGCAGCGAGCGCUUCCAGUACAAAUACCAGCUCCGCUCCCAUAUGAGCAUCCACAUCGGACACAAGCAGUUCAUGUGCCAGUGGUGCGGAAAGGACUUCAACAUGAAACAGUACUUCGAUGAACACAUGAAAACACACACUGGAGAAAAGCCGUACAUCUGUGAAAUCUGUGGGAAGAGCUUCACGAGCCGGCCCAACAUGAAGCGUCACCGCCGCACCCACACCGGAGAAAAGCCAUACCCGUGUGAGGUGUGCGGCCAGCGUUUCCGCUUCUCAAACAUGCUCAAGGCCCACAGGGAGAAGUGCUUCCGCGUCACCAACCCCAUGGUUCCCGACGGCAACGGUGACCCCCUGGGCCUCGACCGGCCCUUGGCGCCACCCGCUGCGGACUCUUCCGGUCAGGCCCAGCUGGGCACGGCACUCCCUGCCACGUCCGUGACUACACCCGCUGCUGCCUCUAGCCCCCACCCCCUCCACAGCACCCAGCUGUCCCUCCCCCUGCUGCACUCCAUGGGGGGGCUGCCUCCUACCCCGCAUUUACCCCCGCCGCCUCCACUGUUUUCUGCUGGUAGGAUGAACUCCAACAACUAACAAAUCUCUGUAGCAUUGAAAGCACUUUGUUACUUUUUGUUUUAUUGUUUUUCUUUGAGCUUUUAAGAGGACUCCUGCAGAGAGAGAGUGAUGCGCCCCAGUGACAUUUACACAGAGGGGAAGAACAGAAAAAAAUGCUACAUGGAGGCCUCGUCAAAAAAAGAAAAAAAAAAGGAGAAAAAAAAGAACAAAGAACACACACACAUAGUAAUAAAUAAUAAUUUUUUACUCUGUUGAAUACAAUAGAUAACCUCAGAGUCCAGUAGGACGUUUCACCGUUACUUUUCAACUCAUUUCACAGAUGUGUCCUGGUUUCAUUUGGGAUUUUUUUUCUGACAACUCGCCUCUCUCCUGAGCCUUGCACAAUGUAUUGAUUGUAGCAUCUUUUACGAAAUGGUAGGAAGCGCUUCCUAAAUCUCCACUCAUACUGGGAUCAUGGGUAGAGGGAGAACCACGUGGUAACGAGAAGAAAUGAUUUAUUUUUUGUUCUCGGCCAAGAUGUAGCGAGCGGUUCUGGUCAGACCCAGCAAUAACCAAAUGCUGAUUUGUCUUUGAGCGUAUACAUGUAUAUGGCGUUGCCAAUAACCAAAUCCUGUUAGCUCACCUGCUAUAGUUAAGUAAUGUAAUUCAGCAUUUAUAAUCGAUCCUGCACCUUACAUUUAACUCCAGUGAUAUUUAAAGUGUACUCCUAACCGUCUUCGUUUUUAUUAUUGUGAAUAGUGUGUAAUUCGUGGCACGUUACGUCAUUUCUUUUCAUUUUUUUCUAAGGACUUAAGGAGAAGUCGGCCGUGCAAUGCAGCGUGUGGCGUUCGUGAUGGUGUGUGUGCGUGUUUGAGAUGUGAGGCAGAGACUUGAGAUAACAAUCUUCAGAUCAACGUUUAGCUAAUCAACAUGCGAGCUUUCCCGAGUCAGGAGACGGAGUAAUUUGUCGACUCUAAUCUUUUUUUAGUUUUUUGCUUUUUUUGGCUUACAUUAAGCAGGCGUGCAUCGUCUCCUGCGAGAUCUGGCUAUGAGAUGUUAUGGCACUUUUCUGUGACUUGUUAGUAAAACCUGAUGUACUCUGACCUACAAUAUACGUGUAGGAUGAAAUUCAGUGUUACUGCUAUUGUUAUUUACUGCUUAUUUUCCCAACUAAACACUGUGUGUUAGAUGAGUGUAGGGAGAGCAAUGUUCACAAAAACGUGCUUACCUAGCCAAAUCAAAUGGCCACAUUUCAUUGCAAUCUGAUGUAAUCCGUGUUGUGAAGUGAUAAAUACUAAAUUAUAAUCUAACAAUUAAAAUUCUUAAAGAGUACUGGCAGAGAUACAUUUUUGGCGCAUCAGACGUUGCCACUAAAAUGAGCUCUUAGUGUUGAAUUAUAUUAUAACAGAGUGAUUUAUUUUUGUUAAAACAGUAAUGUGUAGCAGCUAAUUAAAACUGGGGAAGCACAACGUAAUACCCCUGAAAAAAAGGCUUUGGCUCUGUGUACACUUUUGGCUAUUGUGUGUCAUAACCAUAGUAGAUCUGGAAAAAAAAAAUCAUGAUCCGUAUAAACUGCUUAAAGGAAUAGGUUGGAAUUAUCUUUAUUUGUGUUCUCGUUGAGAGCUGAACAAGAAAAUUGGUACCACUCAAAUAUCUUGACUAUUUCUUAACCUGCACACCAUAGUGACCAGAAAUUGUAAUUUUUUUGUACAAAUUUAAGAUAUUUUACUUGUGAUUUUUGCGUUGAAUUUCACUGGCCGCUUCAUUAGCUACACCAGUAAAUUGGUCAUUCAUGCAAAGAGCUAAUCAGCCCGUCACAUGGCAUGUAGACAUGGUCAAGACAACAUGCUCAAGUUCAAACUGAGCAUCACAAAGCUGAUUUGAGUGACUUUGAACAUGGUAUGGUUGUUGGAUUCAGACAGACUGGUCAUAGUAUUUCAGUCUGAAAAAGACUAUAACAUAAAAAUAUCAAGUGAGCAGCAAUUCGAGCAGAUAGCACUCAAAUAAGCACUUGCUGCUAACAAGUUGUGCAGAAGAGCAUCUUUAACAUAUUAGCAGCAGAAGACCACACUGGGUGGCACUCCUGUCAGCUAAGACUGGGAAAUUGUGGAUGCACGGGCUCACCUUUGCCAUUUGGAUAGCAGGGAAGAAUUAGGGAUAAGGAACAUGAAAGCAUGGAUCCAUUCUACCUUUGGUGCUGGUGAUGUAAUGGGAUGGUGGAUAUUUUUUUGGCACACUUUAGGCUCCUUAGUAGGAACUGAGCAUUAUUUAAACACCACACCCUACCUGAGUAUUGCUUCUAAGCAUGUCCAUUGCUUCCAGCAGAAUAACAUGCUGGUUUGAAUGAUCUCAGACUGGUUCCUUUAACGUGACAUUGAGUUUACUGUAGUCAAAUCCACAGUCACCAUAUCUUAACAGAGGUCCAAUAGAACACGUUUGGGGUGUGGUGCAACAAGAGACUCAUGCCAUGGAUGUAGAGCAAACAAAUCUCCAGCAACUGUGUGAUGCUGUCAUGUCAAUGUUGAAUCUGUGCCAUGAAGAAUUAGGGCGGUUCUGAAGGCAAAUGGGGUCCAACUACAACUAGCAAGGUGUAACUAAAGAAGUGGCUCGUUAAAGUAUUUGCACAGAAAAUGCAGAAUCUGUAGGCAAGUGACAAGGCUUUUGGUACCAGUAUCAUUCUGGUUUUCUUCCAGUAGUCACCAAUUCCCAAGAAAGAAAGCGUAUGCCAAAAUGCAGUUUCAGAACCUUUGUCUUUUAUCAUUUAGUCAGCCUUUAGGAAGCCGUCGCCUAGAUGUGCUGGAAGCGUCAAAAUACUGUCAGUUUUCCCCAAAGGUUAAGUUAGCAGGCUAGUUUUUGGUUUUCCUGACUGGGAGAGUGUCACUAUCCUCGGUUUUAUAUCAAAUCAAUUUAAGAGUGGUGCCAAUCACUUCAUGUAACUCCUAUUUGAAAAUUAAAAUAAGAACUCUUGUUUGACACUUCAGUCGAUUUUGUAUUCAUAUCGGUCUCUGAAUACGCACUAUCAUUCUGCUCCCGCUCACUUUAUCUACUUAUAGCCUAAGUGUAGUAUGGCAUUAACCUGUAAAUAUUGUUAAGAUGUGCUUCUUCCUUGUGAUUUAUUCCUCAUGUUUACAUUCGGAGAGUCAGUUGAAUGUGCCCCAAAAUGUGUCCUGGCUGGUACUACGGAAAGUUGGAAUUUGUGGACAUGCUUUUGUAAAUGUAAUAAGCUGUUUUAUAUUUUAAAAAAAAAAAUUAAGCACCUUCAUGUAGUCUUAUGUCUAAGCUCACCCCCUAUGUAUUUCUUCAAUUUCCACGGUUAAACCGUUAGGGCCACGUCAGACGUAAUUUAAUAAUGGUACACUUUGUGUUUUUCUUCAUGUGUCCGAUACCUGUUUUGUAUUUUGGUUUGCUGCUUUUGUACAGAGUCCUGUUUGAGACUGCCCUUUAAAUGAUUUAAAAGUGUAGAGUUCUUGAAUUUAAUGUAACUGAACAAUAUUCUGGCUGUGAUUACAGUGAACUCCAGGAUUGGAAGUGAGCUAAAAAUGAGACAUUUGGAGCACUGUGAGGAGGUAAUGGCCAACACUGUCAAAGUCAAAUGAAACUUUAUUGUCAUUCGUGACCAUACAGUGAAUAAAACUCCUUGAUUAAUGUGCAGAAGAAUCUAAAGACAUAAUAAGACAUAUAGACAUAUAUAAAACAUGCCAGUUAAGAUUUAAUCCGGUAGGCUGAUUGUUUAGUGCUGUUGCUCUCUUGUGGCAACUCGGUAAACUGCACUCCAACCCUUAGAUGUACAUUAAUGUUCAUAGUAUGUGUCUCGUUAUCAUCGGAGAAGCAUGUAAAAGCUCAAAAUUGAGAUUUUUCCCACUUCCCUGUUUUAAGAAGCACUAGCCCAAGAAACAACAUUGAGAUACCGUGGUUAGAGGUUGUGUGUUUGCCUUACAUAUGGAGGGAUUUGAAUGUUUUUGCGUUAUGGAUAGUGACAGUAGCUGACGGUAAAGGAGGAAGUAUAGUAGUUUAUACUACUGAUUUAUGCACUUUUGUUUUGUGUUUCCAGAUACAAGGUGAAAAUGGGUAGCAGAUAUCUAUAAAUUGAAGUAAAUUCCAGCAUUAAAUUCCUUUUAGGUUUUUUUAAGGGUUUUUUGUUCAGUGUUGGUCUGAGUUUGUGGUUAGUAAGUUGCACAGGUGUCAGCCCAGAGACUGACCUUAGUUUUGUUUCCCUGAAUAACUUUACUUGCUUGUGUUGUGGCAUGUGGCACACCGAGAAUGACUCUGUGUUAUGCGUCAAUCUGCUGGUGUUUCUGCAUUCUGGUCAGUCUCUUUAAUACUGUCCCACUGUUUAACAAGUAUCCGUGACUCUUCCUUGAGGGUGCAAUCAGUGCAGGCGGUUUCUGACUGGUUUGCUCACUUCCAUUAUCAAGAGAAAUUACUCUUAGGUAUUUCCACUUUGCCUCUGUUGAAGGGACUUAAUAUGUGAGUAUUCUUUUUCAUUGCAUGAGAAAACAUAAGGGAAGGACGGAUUUGCCAAAUUCAAUUACGAGAAAAACUUUUAGUGCACUUUAUCCUUCAAUCUAGUGGAGAUACAGAUAUAGUAGCAGUUUCCUUGAUCCUUCCUUUCCUUAAAAUACUUCCUUGCCUUAAUAUGGGAAAUUAUCAAAAUGCAGUUAUUGACUAAAUGUGUCCUUGGCAAUGUUCAGUCCUCUGAAUUGAAAUUUAAAGAGAAAAGGGACAUCAAAAGUGUACCUGUGUGGAAUCAGACCAAGAAACCGGCUCUAAAUAAAGGCUUCUAAGCAUGCAUAGGAUAGGAAAUCAAAAUUCAUCAUACUGCUCAUAUUUGAAAUGAUUUGAUGAUAUUUAAAGCUCAAAAUAGUGUAUUUGUGCUAAGAAUAUAUUUCUUUUAUAACACUUGCACGUUGUAUCAAAUAUAGUAUAAAGUGGAGGACACAGUAACCAGAGGAAUUUGGGUAUAAAACUCUAAAUUGACUUGUUAAUCCUCCUUUGUUUGUUUUUGUGAACUAGUCUUCCUUCAAUCCAGCUGCAAAGAUAAAGCCCAUCUGUGACAUCAGAACAAGACUUCAAUGAGUUGUAAAGAGGAAAUGUAUCAGAUAUGGACAUUUAUUAUCCCAGAGAUUACCUAAAUUGUGAAAAAUGAAUUAAACAGGCUGUUUUUUUAAAAAAGUGUUUUACAGUGAAACGGCAGUAAAGCUAUGAUUGUUAGAAAUGAAAAGGGAAAUGUUGCACAGUGUGCAGGAGUCCUGUAUUCCAGGCAGGUUGACUCUAUGUAUUUUGAUUAGCCAAAUUCUAAUUUACUAAGGCUAGCAGCCAAAGGCUUGUAUUAGAUUAGGCAAAGGUGGACCUGUCCUUGUCCUUAAAUGAAGGUUUGUCAGUGAUUAAGUGGGUGCCUAGACACCACGGUGACUGUGCAUUCUGCAUUGCACCCAAGGUUGCCACAUAGCAAACUGUGAGAGUGGCACUUCAGAGAGUGCUCAUGGGAUUACUAAGUUAGGCCUCUCUCUCUCUCUUUUUUUUUUCUUUUGAAAGCUGCUAAUGAUGAAGUGUGUGUCCAAAAGAAUUUUAUUCUGUGGCCUUCACCUUCAAGAAAAGUGUUGGGAAUAUUGCUGUCUUAUUUUAGAAACUGAAACUCAUGAUGGAUAUUGGAGAGAAAGUAUUGUAUUUCUUUUUGUUCUUGAGUAAAGAGUUGAUUUUUUUCUGUUAAAUCUGUUAGUGUUUGGGUAAACACAUGGAGCCCCAAAAUAAAUCUAAUGAUACCAAAAAGUAGCAUUGUUAGUGCAAUACAAAUGAGAUUUUAAGAGGUUUCACUUGUUCGAAACCACUCGAAUAUGGGCAAAAGUAAUUGACCACACACAAGGUGUAAUGUCUAGGUUGCCCAGUACUUCUGUCCCAACAGUCUAUAUUUGGUUGGGUUCUUAAAUUUUUUGAUUGAGAUGAAGCUAAUUACCUCCUGGUUUUCACUAAUGCCGCACACAUUUCCACUAAUUGUGAACAAGAAAUUGUCUCAAAUUUGAUUACAUUUAUAGACAAAGGAUUCAUCUAUUGUGGAAAAAAUGACAAGAUCUAAAACUUUUUAUAAAACUUCAAUUUACUUGGUUAAACUUUGAAAAGCUAACAUAACAGUCUAAAUGCUAGCACAAAAAUAGUCUUUUGCAGUCUGUUGUGAUGUCAAAUGGCAAACUGUAGAUUGACUAUUACUAAGAAACUUUGUUUUUGAAUACCUGUUGGCAAAAGAAUAGAUUUAUUAACACUACUGUAUGUAAUGCUGGCUGGCAUAGUUUCAUGAUAGCUGCCUAGCUAGCCAACAAUGCUUGUGGGCACUGUUUUCAGCUAAGCUAGCCACAAAGCGCUCUAAGUUACUCCACAAGUAUUACAUGAAUUUCAAAUUAGUCACUGCCAUUA